ACCGAUCAAACACAUGUAUAAGAUCGCCAAUACUUUAUAUCAAUUGAGAAAUGCUCGGAUCUUGACCUUUCAAUGUAACAAUUAUUGUAAAUGCGGGAGAAGGCGGAAAUGAGAAGAUACGGCAAAGGCUAUAUAUUGGAGUCACGUGGAUCGCUUUCCCAUUGUGGGAGGGUCUUAUUGCCAUCCGAACGUGAUCAGAUUGCCAAGAAAGAGUCAUUCUGUUGUUCCCGUUCUUUUAAAAAAACGUGACCAGCCUGUCAAAACUAGAUUGUCGCUUGCUCUUGCGAUGCGCCCGUGCACUGCAGGAACAGACUGAAUAAGGCGCUGGAGCAGGUCGGAAUCACAGACAGAAACUGACCCAGGAGCAGGUGAAAUUGGCAAGAAACCGCAGUGGGAGACGAGCAGUCUCAAAACUCCGCUGAAAUCUCUGCUGCUGAAAACCCGAAGCGAUACUUUUGUCAUUAAUGAAUAUUUAAUACAGCGGGGAUCUCUCGGCCCUGUUGAAACAGACCAGUAUGGGCUUUCGGAUCGUCAGAUACAAAGACAACGAGAACAGGACUUGAUGCACGUAACAAGUAACUGCAAACCGCAACAUUUCCGGGAAAAAAAUAGGAGAGAAUAAGGAAUAUUCAUAUUGUGUGAAGGCGACUGGGAAUUGGACGUAUUACUUCAAUUUCAACCAAGUAUCUCCUGCUGACAGUGAAGGGCUUGUUUCCUCCGUUUCUGGAAUUAAUAACUGAGUUUUUAAUUGAUUACUAAAUGCAGGCUGGGGGUCGAGAGCAGGCGAUCAGAAUGGUAGAGCCGAUGCCUAGUUAUGGCGAGAUGCUGUUUAAAAGCUUCUCUUGUAUGAACACUGCGGUAGCGGAGUGCAAGGACUGCGGGUUCGAGCUCUCCAAGCGGACCCUGUUGGAAAAUGCCUCCAUCACGACUACCGAGGGGCUCCUGUUCCUCGUAUGUGCAGUGGGAUGGACCCUCCUACGCAAGGCUGCCUCGCGUUAUCUUUUCCAGCCACUAGCUCACUGGUGGGACCUACAGCCCAGGGAUGUGGCCAAGAUGCCGGAAAGUGCUUGGAAGCUGAUUUUCUACACUGCCUCCUGGUCCUACAGCACCUACCUGCUCUUCCUCACGGACUAUCCCUUCUUUCACGACCCACCGUCUGUCUUUUAUGACUGGAGAGCAUCAAAUGAUGUCCCAAAAGACAUAGCAAUCGCUUACCUGGUCCAGUGUAGUUUCUAUGGACAUGCCAUCUAUGCCACAAUUUAUAUGGAUGCCUGGAGAAAGGACUCUGUUGUGAUGCUGAUCCAUCAUGUGAUAACACUGGCUCUUAUUGCCUUCUCCUACGCCUUCCGGUACCACAACAUUGGAAUCCUGGUCCUUUUCCUGCAUGACAUCAAUGACAUUUUACUUGAAUUCACAAAACUCAAUGUUUACUUGAAAAACAGAGCUGGGGUCUACCACCGACUAAAUGAUGUGGCUUCCAAUAUUGGAUGCUGCACCUUUGCUGUGAGCUGGUUUUGGUUCCGACUUUACUGGUUCCCCCUCAAAGUGCUGUACGCCACCUGUUACUCCAGCCUUCAGUCUGUCCCCAAUAUCCCUUUCUACUUUUUCUUCAACAUUUUGCUGUUUGCCCUCACUCUGAUGAAUAUCUAUUGGUUUCUGUACAUCAUGCUGCUUGUAGUGAAGGUCCUGACUGGCCAGGUUUCGGAGGUAAAUGAUGUCCGGGAGUACGACGUAGACGACAGACGCAAACCAGUUGUGCACAAGGAAUAUGGCCGCCUGAAAAACUCCUGCAAAGAUGGAUGGCACCAGAGAAAUGGGAUCAUCAAGGAUAAAUGGUUAUAAUGCAGCGCAGGGAUUACUGGACAUGAUAGCCAUCGCCGUGUUUACAAGGACUUCUGAAUCCGGAUUUGUUCAGAAUGAAGGGCUGAUCCCAAUUUGUCUGUGACUUCCUUGACUGAGAUCGAAAGUUGGGGGAUGGGAUGUGGGUGGGAAGGAUUCUGCUGAGGCAGCAUCUGUUUUAAUCUCUGGUUACCCGAAGCCUGUUUGGAAAAGUAAUGCUCUCCUAUGUCUUAAUUUUUCUUUAAAUAUUGUGAACUGUUUCUUUAUUUGCUAAAGUCUAUGCUGUAUCUGAUUCCACCUCCCCACGCCCCCCCCCAAGAAUUCCCUCAGUCUGGCUCUUUGCUCUCUGGCUUUGUACCUAAGGCAUCCUUGCGAAGUCCCAGUGACAUUAUUGGGCACCAAAUAGUCCUUCCAUAUGAGGUGACACUUCACCUCAACUGGAUCUGGUGUUCCCAGUGUGGCCUCCCCUACACUGGUGAGACCUGACAUAGACUGGGAGACUAGUUUGUUGAGCACCUGUUCCAUCCACAACAGGCAGGACUUCCCAGUGGCCAACCAUUUUAAUUUCAUUCCCAGUUCCCAUUCUGACAUGUUGGUCCAUGGCCUCCUCAACUGUCACAAUGAGGAUGUUCUCAGGGUGGAGGAGUGGCACCUCAUGUCCGCCUGCAUAGCCUCUAACCUGGCAGUAUGAACAUUGAUUUCUCUAAUACACAGUAAUUUCUCCCCCAUUUUCUCUAUUUUCCAUUCCUCAUCCCAACUCCCCCUUACCCCUUCUUCUCACCUCACUAUCACCUCCCUCUGGUGCCGCUCCUCCUUCCCUUUCUCCCAUGGUCCACUCUCCUCUCCUAUCAGAUUCCUUCUUCUUCACCACUUUACCUUUUCCACCUAUCAGCUCCCAGCUUCUCACUUCAUUCCCCCGCCCUCCACCUCACCUGACUUCACCUGUCACCUUCCAGCUUGUACUCCUGCCCCUCGCCCUACCUUCUUAUCCUGGCUUCUUCCCUUCCUUUCCAGUCCGAACAAAGGGUUCUCAGCCUGAAACAUCAGCCAUUUAUUCCCCUCCAUCAAUGCUGCCUGACCUGCUGAGUUCCUCCAACAUUUUGUGUGUGUUGCUCUGGAUUUCCAGCAGAAUCGCUUGUGUUUAUCAUAUGGGGCUGAAUGGUCUCUAUCUGUUACCACCCUUCAUUUGUCAAGCACUCCUAGUGAUACCUUGGCAGUGGCCCUCCCCCUCUUCCUUACCUAUGCACCUGAGUGAAGGGCUGCCAUCACAUUCAGAUUUAGAAGUCUUGGCAGGAGCUUCACUCCUUUCUCCCCCUUAUCGCGAACAUCCAUGUCACAAACCUCCAGUAUUACAUUGCAAAGCUCCAUAGAGCUUGUAGGCAUUCUGUCAAUAAUAAGGCGAAUUCUCUCACAAUGUACGUCACCAAGAUGAAACUCUUCCUCCCAGCCUCUCACUUGAUCUUGGGGAGAUCUCCAUAUCUGGCACGGCCCCCCCACCCUCAAGUGGGGACUUUGCCUGUGGAUGACCCUUCGCCCUCCCCAUAGGAAAUGGGAAAGAGUGCUCAGUUAAGCCACAGCAUCCCUGAGUUAAGGAAGGGGGACACUGGUUGAGAGUUUCUUCUCAACUGUCACCAAGUAAACACGGCAGGUUUGAAGUGGGAUGGACAGAGACACCACAGUAUGGGAGAACACCUGUGAAGGAGAAGAUUAAAAUAGUUUUUGAUGAUUUCACACCCAUGAUGUAAAAUUCCAGUUAGGUCCAGACAUUAACAAAAGAAAAUCGGCAGAUGCUGGAAAUCCAAGCAACACACACAAAAUGUGGGAGGAACUCAGCAGGCCAGGCAGAAAAGUCCAGUCAAUGUUUUGGGCUGAGAACCUUCAGGCCAGACAAUGUCACUUUUUAUCAUCAUUAAUAUUGCGCACUGUCAUGAGGUAUCAUUAAUUUCCAUGUUCCAGUUCCUCCCCCCUCCCCAUUUACACCCCUCCCAUCUUGUUGAUGGUACUGAACGAAGUUACUUCUUCUCAAAGCACAAGCUGAACUUGAUCCAGGUGACCACUGAGAACAUAGGAAUAGGAUGAGGCCAUUCAGCCCCUCUAGUUUGUUCUGCCAAUCAGUUAAAUCACGCCUGAAAUGCCUGUUGACAUCUCGACUCCCAUCCCUUUACUGUGUUUCCAUGACCUAACAAAAAUCUGCCAGUCUGGAAUUUACAAUGGACCUGUCACUUUUUUUGAGGAAAACAAUCCCAGAUUUCCCUACUGUAUGAAGGAAAUCAGCAUCUAUCAUUUCUGUCUAUGCUGCUAACUUAAUCAGAGGAAUAUCCAAGGCCACAGAUCCUAUUGCUAAGUGUUGUUUGUGCAUGGAUACUAUUGAUAAAUGGGAUCAGGCUCAAUUUUGAUGUGUUCAGUGUUAACUAACCUUUAAGAAGCCUGUACUCAGGAAGACCAAUCAAGAUGGAUGAUUGGAAGGGCUGGGACUGCAGAGUGAUUGGGAACCAUGGAACUGCAAGCUGCUGAAGAAGGUGGAAUGGAAAUUCUAUUAUUCUCGGACUCCUGAGUCCAAGUCAAGCCUUGGUUCCACUGGGAAGAUGGAUUUACCUUUUUGUUAAUUUAGAGAUACAGGAUGGUAAAAGGCUCUUUCGGCCCGCACAUCCAAUUACACUCACGCAACCAAUUAACCAACUAACGCAUACAUCUUUGGAAGGUGGGAGGAAACAGGAGCACGCGGAGGAAACCCAUGCAGUCAAGGGGAGAACAUACAAACUUCUGACAGACAGCAAUGGGAAUUGAACCCAGGUCACUGGCACUGCAAUAACAUCACACUAGCCAUUAUGCUACUCUGCCACCUUUAGAGAAGUUAUUAGCACUAUACAGGGAUCUUUGAGAGGCAAGAAAGAAAUAAAUUUUAAUACAGCUAUAGAGGGAGCUAGGCAGCCAGUCAGUCAGACACUCCCCUGACCAAUCGGUGAAACAAGAGAAUCAUCCCUCUCAUCACUGUUGAAGAACUCCCGGUAGCUCACUGGAUUACUGGGGGAAUGCACUACAGAGAGUACCCACAGCCAUCUGAAGCACACAGUCCCUGGCCCAUUUAUAACCAGCUAAUCUUAGUCCACACGUCUAAGCAUUUGUAUCACAAGAGAAAAAUUCAGCUUCUUUGCCCCCUGGUUUACCAAACAGGAAGGAAAUUGGAGGAAAGUCUCAUGCAAACAGGGGCAUCAAGAAACCACUAAAAGUCAACAGAAUGGUUUUCUGAAAAAGAAAUGUGAGAAGUAGGAGCUGAAGAAGUCAUUUGGCUCAUUGCGCCUGCCCCAUUAUUCAUCCGAUAAUGCCGUCAGCUCUACUUUCUGCCUGAUCGCUACUACAGUCAAUUCUGGUAAUGUCCAAUAAUCUAUCUGAAUCCUCCUCGAAUAAACUCAUUGACUGUGUCUAUGUCUCUGGGGUGGAGAAUUCCAAAGAACCAUAACCCUUUGGGAGAAAAUUCAUUUACAUUUCCAACCUAAAUGAUGACGACUUAUUCUGAAAGUGACUCUGUAGUGAUCAAGAAUUUUUGACUUUCUCCUCACCUCAAUCACCAAAAUGUCUUGACAUUGAUUGCACCACCCAAACAUCUACCUGAGAUAAAUUCAUCCAAGCUAACAAUCAAGGUUUAAAGCUGUGAACCACUAGACGAGAAGACCCAUUGGGAGAUCCUUCAAGAGCAUUCAAAAUAUGGGCGAUAAUGAGGAGACAUGCAUGCACUGAAUAUAUUUACAGUAAUCCUCAGAAGGUGACCAUGUUUGCUCUGAGGCAGCAGUCCAGUUGAUGGUCUUUCCUGUUUUGUAUGUCCCUCCAGUUAUUCUCCCUGCCACCGUGUCACCAAGAAUGGGCAUAAAUCUUUAACCGCGAUGAUGUGACCCUUUUUUCCCACUUGUGUGCCAAUUGUGUUGCCUGUUUCUGCAUGUCUUCCUGAUCCACAGUAGACCACUUGCAACUGUGUGCUAUUAGGACAUAAAUAAUUCGUUUAAAAAAAAAUAAAAAGAGUAAACAUUACCAUUUGUGGUGCCUCUUUGUAAAUUCGUGCUAAUGUGCAACCCCUGCUGGGUAGCUUUACAGGAAAUUAAAUAUAAAUCACUUGUAAUAAUUAUUAAUAAUUGGAUAAUGGAAGCCAGAAGAUUAAUUCUGGGAGGAUGCAUUGAGCCAGAUAGAAAUAAGGUGGAUUCUGGUUAAUUGGGUCAUUGGUUAAUUGGGGCUGCUGCUUAGAUGGGACAAUUCUUAAAGAACAAAAACUAAUCAAGAAAAUAGCCAAGAUUCCAUUCCUUUUUGGGACAUUAUACCACUUAACUGGGACAGGAGACUACUGCUGAACAGUCCCUAACAAGCGUAAGUCGCAUGCACAUGUUGUGGCCCUUAAACAGCACACUAUGCUGAGAGCAAACAGUUUUUAAAUAGCGUCUUGUGUGUAUUUGUGUUCAAAAAGCAGUGACUUGUCACCGACAGUUAGGGAGAAAUAAGCAGUAAGACCAUUCAGAACUGUUUUGCUCACUGUGGGUUUAAGCACUCAGGCUUGGAGAUACCAGAAAUGGCCGGGAGUGAAAAUGAAACAAUUUCACCACUUCCACAAGUUAGGAGGUAUGCAGAAUUUGAAGGUAUCGACAAACAUCUUUAAUGUUGCAAUGAAAAAAAGAUUUGGAGGAUGCAAUCGUUGAAAGCAUUGUAUGAAGGUAGUCCAUUAUCUGCUAUAGGUGUCUGUGCUGAUUUGUUCACUUACAGUCAAUCAAAAGAACAUGGCAGUGUACACUGGGUGAAAUGCUUUAUUGAUAACUAUUAGGAACUGAAACAACUUUAUAGUACUGUGGUACUAUGAGUAGAGUUCUAAUUUGUUCUGUAUUUCAUUUAAAUACAUAAUUUGUAACUCAUUUAUAUGGUGGUUUGUCUUUUUUUACCUUAUUAAAUAUUCCAAGAAGCUUUGGCUGACUGGGGCAGCCACUUAAUUGGGCUAAAAUGUACUGGUCCCGAUAUGUCUCAAUGAUGCAGAAUCCACUGUAUAUCCAAAAUGCAAUGGGGCCCCCACGCCCAUUUUGGUAUUUGGUCCUUUGAUGUAAGCUGUUGCUCUAAAAUAAAACAG